AUGGAUAUCGAUGCAGAUAUUCCUCCCCCAGUCUACUCAGAGUUCUCAGCUUCAUCGUCAGUAUCAGGUCCAUCCCUGCCUCGGGAAUUCUCUGUGGGGAAAUUCAAAACACCACCAGUCAUCGCCGUGGAAGAUUUACAGGCCCAUUUGAGGGUCCUAGGUGCAUUCUCCAAGCUAAAGGAAGAUGUUCAUCAUAUGAAUGGAGGCUCACAACAGGAGAAGGAUCAAGCUUGGGUCGUAUAUGUCAAUCGAGCCGUUCAUCGUUUUAAUACGUUUAUGGGAACAGAAUGGGAAGGCGAGUUUCCCGGUUGGACAGAGGAAAAUGCACCUCCUUUGGAUGUGUUGAUG